GUAUGUUGAAGCCGGCCUUCAAUUUUGUCAGAUAGUAACUGAAUUUUUUCUCUUCUCUAAGAUUCUUAGAUUCUCUUUGAUCGUCUUCCUUAAACCACCACCAUUUUUUUUUUCCAUUUUUUUCUUUUAUAAUUCUCCAACUUAAGAGUUUCAGACUCAACAGAGACUCUCAGUUUUCUUCCUCUUCAGCGCCUUUCUCUCUCUCUCGCGCGCUCUCUGCAAUGGCGGCCUCCUCCUCGUUUCCCGCCAUUUCUCUCCUGGCAUUGACUUUCAUCAUCUUCACAUUCCCCUCCGCCGUCCGAUCAUCCACCAUUGGAGUUGACUACAUUUCGAGGCUUCUUGAAAUUCAGGAUCGCGAGAGACCUGCGCCCAGUGUCCAAGUCGCUGCUUCUCGCGGUGUGCUUCGCCGCUUGAUUCCUUCUCAUUCUUCUAGCUUCGACUUCCAAAUCGUCUCCAGGGAAAUUUGUGGGGGUUCAUCUUGUUUCAUUAUCAAGAAUCAUCCUUCCUUCAAAAGACGCGGGGAUCCAGAAAUUUUAAUUGCUGGGGUCACUGGAGUGGAAAUUUUGGCUGGUCUGCACUGGUAUUUGAAGAAUUGGUGUGGUGCGCAUAUAUCCUGGGAGAAAACCGGUGGCGCUCAGCUAUUUUCAGUGCCGAAAGUUGGUUUUCUUCCCCGUGUUCAAGAUGCUGGUAUUUUGAUCCAGAGGCCUAUUCCUUGGAACUACUACCAGAAUGCGGUUACAUCUAGCUAUACUUUUGCUUGGUGGGACUGGAAAAGAUGGGAGAGGGAGAUUGAUUGGAUGGCUCUCCAGGGUAUCAAUUUACCACUAGCAUUUACAGGGCAAGAGGCUAUUUGGCAGAAAGUUUUUCAGAAAUUUAAUAUAAGCAGUUCAGAUUUGGAUGGUUUCUUUGGAGGCCCUGCAUUUCUUGCAUGGUCGCGUAUGGGAAAUUUGCAUGGAUGGGGUGGACCAUUACCACAGAGUUGGUUUGAUCAACAGCUGAUUUUGCAGAAAAAUAUUCUUACCAGGAUGUAUGAACUUGGAAUGACUCCAGUCCUUCCAGCCUUUUCUGGAAACGUUCCUGCAUCCCUGAAAAGUAUAUUCCCAUCAGCAAAGAUAACACGCUUAGGAAAUUGGUUUACAGUCAGGAGUGAUCCUAGAUGGUGCUGCACAUAUCUUCUUGAUGCAACAGAUCCCUUAUUUGUUGAGAUUGGGAGAGCAUUCAUUGAGCAACAACUAAAAGAAUAUGGAAGGUCCAGCCACAUAUACAACUGUGACACUUUCGAUGAAAAUACGCCCCCUGUUGAUGACACUGAGUAUAUCUCUUCACUCGGAGCAGCAAUUUAUAGGGGAAUACAAAGUGGAGAUAGUGAUGCUGUAUGGUUAAUGCAGGGAUGGCUAUUUUCAUAUGAUCCGUUUUGGAGGCCUCCUCAAAUGAAGGCACUUCUACAUUCUGUUCCUGUGGGGAGGAUGGUAGUUCUUGAUCUUUUUGCUGAAGUGAAACCCAUAUGGAGUAGUUCUGAGCAGUUUUAUGGUGUUCCUUACAUCUGGUGUAUGCUGCACAAUUUUGCAGGAAAUAUUGAGAUGUAUGGGAUUUUAGAUUCAAUAGCUUCUGGACCAAUUGAUGCUCGUACAAGUAAAAACUCGACAAUGGUUGGUGUUGGGAUGUCAAUGGAAGGUAUAGAGCAGAACCCUGUCGUCUACGACCUCAUGUCUGAAAUGGCUUUUCAACACAACAAAGUUGAUGCAAAGGCUUGGAUUAAUCUCUAUUCGGCAAGACGUUAUGGUAAAUCUGUUCCUUCAGUGCAAGAUGCCUGGAAUAUAUUAUAUCACACCAUCUACAAUUGUACUGAUGGUGCCUAUGAUAAAAACAGGGAUGUAAUUGUGUCAUUCCCUGAUGUUGAUCCAUCCUUCAUAUCAAUACCCCAUGAAAGACAAGGCCACUAUAAAAACCCGGCAUUGCAAAGACUAGUGAUAAAGGAGAUAACUGAAUCGUUUGAUCAACCUCAUUUAUGGUAUUCAACUGCUGAUGUAGUACAUGCAUUAAAACUUUUUAUCGCCAGUGGUGAUGAACUAUCUCAAAGUAAUACUUACAGGUAUGACCUUAUAGAUCUGACCAGACAAGCUUUAGCAAAAUACGCAAAUCAGCUGUUUCUGAAUGUCAUAGAAGCAUACCGGUCAAAUGAUGUUCAUGGGGUGAGUGAACAAAGCCAGAGGUUUUUGGAUCUUGUGGAAGAUAUGGACACACUUCUAGGUUGCCAUGAAGGAUUCCUUCUGGGACCUUGGUUGGAAAGUGCAAAACAACUUGCCCAACAUGAAGAACAGAAAAAGCAGUUUGAAUGGAAUGCAAGAACUCAAAUAACUAUGUGGUUCGACAACACAGAGGAGGAAGCAAGCCUGCUUCGUGAUUAUGGAAACAAGUAUUGGAGUGGGCUUUUACGAGAUUAUUAUGGCCCUCGAGCGGCAAUAUAUUUUAAAUUUCUGAUAGAAAGCUUAAAAGAGGGUAAUAAUUUCCAACUGAAGAGUUGGAGGAGGGAGUGGAUAAAGCUCACAAAUGAUUGGCAAAACAGUAGGAAUACCUUCGCAGUGGAAAGUGGUGGAAAUGCUCUUAACAUAUCCAGAUGGCUUUACAACAAGUACUUGCUCACUCCUGACAUUGAAUCAUUCAAUCAAGCUUCUGCUUCUCAUAUUAUUUGAUCUGUCCAAAUAGGUAAUAAUAUGUGAAUUUAUCCUGUUCAAUGCGGCAAAAUAUUUAUAAUAAUAAUAAUAAGUAAUCUCUCUCUCCAUAAUUAUUAAUUUUAA